GAGAACUAAAAUGGUGAGGAAGAAAAAGCUGCUGGUGUUUGAAAAUUGUGGAAGCAUGAUGUGGGAUGGAUAAACAACAACAAAACACAACUAUGGCCUCUAAUGACCCUGACCUUCCUGACCCCUCCAGUGACCCUCAGCCCGGUGACCUCAUUGAGAUCUUCAGACCAGCCUAUCAGCACUGGGCUCUCUACCUGGGAGACGGUUACAUCAUCAACCUGACUCCCGUCGACGAGAACCAGGCAGCUGCCAUGUCCAGUGUGAAGUCCGUCUUCAGCAGGAAGGCAGUGGUGCGCAUGCAGCUGCUGAAGGAGGUGGUGGGUAGUGACUCGUACCGUGUAAACAACAAGUACGACCACAACCACACACCCCUGCCCGUCUCUGAGAUCAUUCAGCGAGCACAAGUCCUCAUUGGCCAGGAAGUGUCUUACGACCUGCUGGGGAGCAACUGCGAGCACUUUGUGACCCUUCUGCGCUACGGGGAGGGGGUUUCCGAGCAGGCUACGCGGGCCAUUGGGGCCAUCAGUUUGGUGACGGCAGCAGCCAGCGCCUUCUCUGUCCUGGGACUGAUCAACACACGAUCCAGAAACAGGCCUUUCUGACAGCUGUGAUCUU